UCAGCUCGUGUCCAAUAUGAAGCUUUACCCGCAGUCGGUCUGUCAGCUUGCCUUCCUGAGCUUCUUCUGUUUACUGAUCACAGUGAGAGAGUCAGAGAGCACAUUUGUCCCGGGAAGAUGUUUGUGUCCAGAGAUGCAAUCGGAUGUCAGAGGGCAACUGAAGGAGCUCACAGUCCACCAAAAAAGCCCCAGCUGCGACAAAGUCACAGUCAUAGUGACACUGAAGAAAAACAAUGAGCUAGUGUGUCUGAAUCCAGAGGCACCGCUGGGCAAACAGCUGAUUCACUGCUGGAAUAGAGCUCAUAAGUCCGGUCAUGAUGCAAAACUGUGCCUGAAGAGGAGGAGGAGGAGAGGGAGAGGGAGAAGGAGAAGUCUUCAUCACCAGGGGUCUCAACAGAUGAGCCGGGGCCAAAACACACAAACCUCAUCCUCAAACUCCCAAUAGGAAAACCAGCCUGACAAAUGAAACAAAGCUAUUGCAUGGAGAGAAGUGUGUACACACUGAUUCUUGCUGAACUGUGGACUCUUAAAUCCAGGCCACCAGCAGCCAUUAAGGAAACAGCACAGAACCACAUUUUUUCUAUAAAUUUCACACAGCUCGGACAUCAAGCUCCCUUAAAUUUCUGUCUGGGCUGCAUAAAAAAUUAGUUUUCUUGGUCAGCGGCAGAGGGCUUUAUGUUUUUGUGCAAAUGACUGAUAUGAUGUCGAAAACUAAGCCCUGGAGGCUUGUCAUAAAUGUUACUAGUCAAUCAAAUUGUCAAUAUAUGGUUUAUGUGUAGUUCUGUGUGUGCAGCUGGAAAAAAAAAACUGAAAACUUUGUUGGUUAUUUAUUUUUGUAUGAAUAUGAACAUUUAUCAGACUUUUUUUUUAAAU